CAGCUCUUCAGCACCUCAAUCAGUUGGGACCGAGAGUGAAGAGAAGAAGAUCGCCAUCGGUUGAGUGAAGAUGGCGGCCUCCUUGGUCAGGCUCGUCCGCGGCGGCAUUAGUAGAAGCUUGAACGUUGCCAGUCGGAGUGCUGCACUGGUCCAGAAGCGGUCUGAAUCGACAACGACUGAGACAAGGCCUACGGUUAGGCCCAGGGAUGCAGUCACUCACAACCAGCUGUCCCAGUUUGGGGAAUAUAUUGCUGAGAUUCUUCCUAAAUAUGUGCAUCAAGUUCAGGUUACCUGCUACAACGAGCUGGAAGUUAUGAUCCACCCAGAAGGUGUUGUUCCUGUGCUGACCUUCCUUCGGGACCACACCAAUGCCCAAUUCCGCAACAUGGUCGACCUCACGGCGGUGGAUGUGCCCACUAGGCAAAACCGUUUUGAGAUUGUGUACAACCUGUUGUCCUUGAGGUUCAACUCUCGCAUCAAAGUAAAGACCUACACAGAUGAGCUGACGCCUGUCGACUCCUCAGUCCCUGUCCAUCAAGCGGCCAACUGGUAUGAGAGAGAGGUGUGGGACAUGUUUGGAGUUUUCUUUGCAAAUCAUCCAGAUCUGAGACGAAUCCUGACGGAUUAUGGUUUCGAAGGCCAUCCAUUCAGAAAAGACUUUCCUCUUUCUGGAUAUGUAGAGGUGCGUUAUGAUGAUGAGGUGAAGCGGGUGGUGGCAGAGCCUGUAGAGCUUGCACAGGAGUUUCGGAAGUUUGACCUGAACAGCCCAUGGGAGGCAUUUCCUGCAUACAGGGAGCCCAAAGAUGCACCCAAACUUGAGCCUGGAGACAAACCUGCAAAGUAACACCCCUUCAUCUUCACUCUGUUGUAGAACACCUGACAAACACACACAUGCUCCCAUUGUUCUUGCUAGAGUAUUUAUGUAAAUAACAGACCAUGUUUUGAUGACUGUAUCUCAGUCCUUUGUUGGGAGAAAUCCUAAGUAUCUGAAUAAAAAGACAAUUUAAAAAUG